CAACCAGACACAUUGAAACAAUGACAACUCAUAUAAUUGAUGAUAUACAUUUCUCAAAGAAAUCUCUUGAGAAAUAUUCACAGUCACUAUUCUAAUCCAUUUUCCAUGGAUUCCUCUCCCAAAAUCACUAAUCUCCCUUACAAGAGGCUUUCUCUAGAAGAUGAUGUCUUCGGCGAAACAACAAGAAGAAGAUCGUCAUUCUAUUCUUACAGGUUCAAGCGAGUGGUGUCAUUGGGAGGAAGGAGGAGGAUUAGGGUUAGAGUUAAGAUCCGAAGACUUAGAGGAUUUGUGAGGAAGAAAGCGAAUAGGGUAAAAACUGGAAUUUUAAAAAUAUUGAAGAGGUUGAAGGAGAGUCAAUCACACUUUGGUGAUCUCUUUGCCGGUAAUUACCUUUUCAUGCAAGUUAAUCCUUCUUCUCUUAACGCUAAGUAUGUCUUCGACAAAUCUUUUCAAGGCCAAAAUGGUAACUUCCCCUCUAGAUUAUCUCUUCCUAGAGUUCUUAUGUAAAGACGGAUAAACAUUAACUAUAGUUAUGUUUCUGUAUUUUUUCUAAUUACAUGUGGUUUAUGUGUCUGGUUUGUAACUUUUUCACGAAAAAAAUAAAGAAAAAUAUUCAUAUGAUAUAAUGGAAUGGAUAGUAGUUAAGUUCACACAUGUUUUAACUUAAAGUCUUAUUAGUGUGGUCGAAUACACUAACUACUU